CACUGCAGCAGACAAAUGUAAACAAUAUUUAUUAUAUAUUUACAUAGAAAGAUAAACUUCACUGCUGAAGAUAAGUACUAUAGAAUUCCAGCAAACUCCGGUGAAAACCAGCUCACUGUGGAAGGAAAGAAAGAGCUCACCAUGGGUUCUCUAAUGGCAGGAUGGUCCUCUCCAAGGAAGGAUAUUACAUCAGAAAAACUGCAGAGAAACAAAUCACUGACUAAAGAAGAGAUUGAAUCCUACUGGAAAUCAAAGAAGAGAGCAGAAGAAGAUCACCUUAGUGCUAUUGCUGAUGUUCAGAAUGAGAAUCAGAACAUAAAUGGAGGAUCAGCCGAUAGAUUUCAGAGAUCAAUCUCCUUCCCCUUUGCUGAUAGAAAAAGGAAUUAUGGUGAUGCAAAUAUAUUUACUGAUGAGCUUAAGAAAAGUAACUGCUGGUGGACAAGGAGCAACUGGGCUUUUCUGAAUGAACCUCCUGUGACAGCCAUGGAAGGUCCUUCUUACAAAUAUGCUGCACAGUAUCAUGUUGCAGAUCUUGCCAGAUCAAAAACUGUGAAUAAUCCAGAAAUGAUGACUUACUGAAGAAAGAACUUGCAAGGAAAUUAGUUAAGAUAAAGACCGAGUAUGAAAACUGGUAGCCAAAUAUAAUCUGUAUUACGUUUGUGGCACUGAGUAUUUGACAUGAACUUUAAUCUUACGUGUGUUCCUUGUUAAUGUCUUCUGGAACUAUAUAUGGUUUUGUGUAGUGAUUUUCUUCUGUUGUUUUUGUUUUUUUCAGUCUUGUUGAUGUAGUUGUUGUUGCAGAACUUCAAGUUUUCUGAAUUCAGUGGAACUAA